CUCAGGCCACCUCUGCAGAGGGGUGUGUGAACUUGAAGAACUCGGGCUUUUUCAGUUAAAAUCUUGCAUCGCAGCGCAGCAAACAUGCCUGAACAAAGCAAUGAUUACAGGGUGGUUGUGUUCGGAGCAGCAGGGGUUGGCAAGAGCUCCUUGGUCCUUCGUUUUGUAAGGGGAACUUUCAGGGAAACCUAUAUCCCUACAAUCGAAGAUACGUACCGGCAGGUAAUCAGCUGCGAUAAGAGCAUCUGCACCCUUCAGAUUACAGACACCACGGGAAGCCAUCAGUUCCCUGCUAUGCAGAGGCUGUCUAUAUCCAAAGGGCACGCUUUCAUCUUGGUGUACUCGGUCACCAGCAGGCAGUCCAUGGAAGAUCUUCAGCCCAUCUUUGAACAGAUUUGUCAGAUUAAAGGGGACAUCCAGAAAAUCCCCAUAAUGUUGGUGGGUAACAAAAGCGACGAGACCCAGAGGGAGCUGGAUGCCAGCGAGGGGCAAGCGCUAGCCAGCAAGUGGAAGUGCUCCUUUAUGGAGACAUCAGCCAAAAUGAACUACAACGUGCAGGAGCUCUUCCAGGAGCUCUUGAAUCUGGAGAAGAGGAGAACUGUCAGUCUCCAGGUGGACGGAAAGAAAUCCAAGCAGCAGAAAAAGAAAGAUAAACUGCAAGGCAAGUGCUCUGUGAUGUGAUUGACUUUGGCCGGACUCUCACCGCUGCAUGGUGUAACCGGAGCACGGACUCCCACAGAAAGUACCUUUCUGCUGGAGGUUUCAGAUGAAUCCAUGCCUUAUAGGGCUACUGCUCUUCUCUAAAAUCUCCACCGGAUUAUUUUAUCUGUUGGUUUUAAAGAGGGUGGCUUUCUGCAUGUUUAUUUUUUUUAAAAAAAUAAACGUUCGAUGUUAGCAAUUA